UUCUUUUCAUGUCCUCAACAAACGUAGGAGGUGCGACCAAAGGAAAAAUAGAUUUCAAUUGAACCUCCAACAACUUGCAGUGUCCGACUGGGUUACACCGGCUCGUCACUUCCACUAGGCGGAUACGUGAUGCGUCAUCGCGCUUACGUUUAGUCCUGACGCUAGUCUCGCGUGAUGAGACUUGUGGCUUUGGGAUUUGCUGUAAGACAGGAGGCUAGGAGCCUGCAGUUAACAGUUUUACGGGAGGUCUCUUAGAGUUUACAAGACAUCCAAGGGAUGUAAAUGGAGUUAUCAGAGGUUAUUCCUGUGAGGCAUCAAUGAAGUUAAUAAACUACAGAGAUCCCAGGCAGAGUAGGAGACAAUAUGAAGCCUGCACAUGAGAGGAGCCAGGAAUGUCUUCCACCAAAGAAACGGGAUCUGUCACAAAACAGUGUAAAUGUGGAGGAGGAACCCAAGGUACCUGGCUCAUCUGCUAAUGAAAGUACAACAAGUGAAGCUUCAGGAUGGCCGAGGAGUGUGUAUGUGGCAGCAGGACAGGGACAUGGAGUUAGUUAUGAAGCUGCGGGGGAGGAAGCAGAAGCUGUAACUGUGGAUCAGUAUGCAACGUUUUACAAAGUUGCAGUGCCUGCUGCCUCCUUUUCCCCACCUGGUCUCCAUCCUGUGAUGAAUAUGAGCUCCAUCCCAUCAUCCUUUAAUGUAGCUUCUCCUUUGAUACAGCACCCAGGUAUUACUUAUCCACCUAUUCAUUAUGCUCCAAUUCCACAUACUGCUGUGCAGUUCCUUGGUUCCCCCUACGCAGUUCCAUAUACAGUUCCACCAGGCUUUCUUUCUCGAGCAGUGAUAUCACCUCCUGCCAACUUAGCUGCUUCUCAUGUCCCUCACUAUGUGCCAUAUAAUUCUGUCCUUGUUGAGGGUGUGACUCCACCCUCAGAGGCUCAGUCUCCCCACUCCAUAAGCAAACUUAACACUGCACAGUCUCCUUCAGUCCUAAUGGGGGUGGUGCCAGUGGAUGUUGCAAAGGGAAGAGUGCCUGUAUUCUAUCAGCAUUCCUCUCAGCUGCCAGUAGCCUAUCCUGUGAACGAAAUGCUUCUGGCAUGCCAUUCUAACACAGAACUUUGUGCUCCUCCCCAUGCGGGUAAAGACAGAGAUAUUCCAAUCACUUCUACAAAUGGGACACAAAGGAUGCCUGAUCAUGUCUCUGGCCAUAGGCCCAGUAAAGUAGUAGACCUUUACAGCCAAAAUGCAGAGGAACAGCUUGGAAGGGGGCAAGAAAAUAUGGUGGAUGGUGAUGUUUACACAGGACUGGCAACACAAAGGACAGAGGCUUCUUUGCUAACCCACAGGAGCACCCCAGACACAGAUUUGGAAGUUCAGAGAGUUGUUGGGAGUCUGGCUUCUCAAGAUUUCUGUUCACCAUCUGUUCAGAAAAAAGAUAUGUUAAGCCCAUUAAAUCUUUCACAAAAUGCAACUGAGCAGCAGGUGCAGACAAAAAGAGAUUCUGUUCAUGGAAAACUGACUAACACUUCUCCUGAGAGAAGACAGAUUAGUAUGUAUACAGAACAGCCUGUUAAAUACACAGAGAAAGCAACAUUAACAGCAAAUGGGGAGCCAGCUAAAAUGAAAACCUGUCCCACACAGCAGUCAUUCCUAGCAACUGCAUGUCAAAGCUCAAAAUUACAAGGGGCACCAGACAGGCAUAUCCGUGACACUCCUUCAGAUAGGCAUUCCCCACAUACAACUGUAGCGUCUAAACAGCCUCCACAUUCCACUGCUUUACCUUCACACUUUAUGAAAGGUGCCAUUAUUCAGCUGGCCACUGGAGAACUGAAAAAGGUAGAAGACCUUCAAACCCAAGACUUUGUGCGGAGCGCUGAAGUGAGCGGGGGCCUGAAGAUAGAUUCCAGUACUGUUGUGGACAUUCAAGAGAGUCAGUGGCCAGGAUUUGUGACUCUUCAUUUUAUUGUGGGUGAACAGCAGAGUAAAGUGUGUCUUGAUGUCCCCCCUGAACACCCUUUCUUUGUGUAUGGACAAGGCUGGUCUUCCUGUAGCCCUAGGCAGACAGCUCAACUUUUUGCACUUCCUUGCCAUCGGCUUCAGGUGGGGGACGUUUGUAUAUCAAUCAGUUUGCAGAGUGCAGUUAAGAAUGAUGCCUCAACAGUAAGCUGUACUUCUGCAAGUAAGACUCUGUCAAAUGCCACCGAGAAAGCAGUGUUAUAUUCUAGAGAGUGUCUGUUGCCUGAGAUAGAUGGCGAGAAGAACAAUCAGCUUAAGAAGAAAGGUCAAAGUUCCUACGUCCAGACCUUGUGUCCUCAUUCCUCAGCUGUAUCCAGCUGGUCAAGUUCAGGUGUCCAAAGACAUAAUGUACCUAUUGCAGAUACUCAGCUUUCGCCUGCCCGCCACUCUUUUAUUCCCCAAGAGGUGAAGCUGUCCAUUGAGGGGCGUUCAAAUGCAGGGAAGUAACAGCACGCUCCUUAACAAAAUGAUUUGCACAGUGCCGAGUACAGGGAUGAUCAGGCUGUGGCAAGUGCCUUGCUGCAGAAUUAAGGAACACAGUAAGGUAUUACUGAAAAACCCACUCUACACAGUCAUUACCUGUUAUUAGUACUACAUUGUUUUUUUUGUUUUUUUUUUAUUGCUUUGUUAGCCA